UGCGAAACUUUGCUCACCCAUAAAUCCCGACACGAGUUUCUCUUUUUGUGUUCUGGAUUAUCCGUCUCUACUCCAGAUAAAGCGACAGCUUCCUCCCACGCAUGCGUGGCCGCGCUACAAUGGUUGCCGAAUACCUCACCAUCCGCAAUGUCACAUCCACCCCCAUCAGACUAAUGCGCAUUGAGCGCUUCCGGCAGCCGGAGCGGUCUUUUGACGGCGUGCACACCUUCGCAAAGAACUUCACGCGGGUCCUAACCAACGUCACACGCGCCAACACGCCCGUGGCCGCGAUCGACGACGACACGACGCCGUUCACGCACAAUGAGGCCGACUUCGAGAUCGCGCCGUUCGAGACCGUGCAGACCGAGAUCCGCGCAUUCCUCGACUCGAAAAAGGAACGCCUGCGAUGGAUCUUCGACGUCGAGGGCGAGGAGCACCAGAUCCAGACCCCGGUGCCGACCACCGAGUCCGCCACCAUGAAAGCGCUGAGCGACGACCCCAAGUUCCGGCUGACGGGCAUCUACCUGACGGCCGAGGCGCACCUGACGAUCUUCUCGUCCGCGCACCUGGAAGCCUGGAUGCAGGAGCUAGACGGCGACGUGCUACUGUCAUCGCUCUCGAUCCCGGGCACGCACAACUCGCCGACGUGCUACGUUGCGGCGCCCUCGGUGCGCUGCCAGGCCGUCGGGCCGCGCGAGCAGCUGCGCAACGGCGUGCGCUUCUUCGACAUCCGUGUGCAGCCGCAGUACCCGGACGACCCCGCGCGCGACGAACUGAUCCUCGUGCACAGCGUGUUCCCCAUCUCGCUGACGGGCAGCAAGUACUUCCGCGACCUGAUGCACGAGGUCGACGAGUUCCUGGCCGAGAAUCCGUCUGAGACGCUCAUUAUCUCGCUCAAGCGCGAGGGUCCCGGCAACCACACCGACGAGCAGCUCAGCCGCAUCCUCAGCGACCACUACGCCACCCCCGACAGUAGCUGGUACACCGACCCCAAAAUCCCCACCCUCGGUGAGGUCCGCGGCAAGGUCGUGCUGCUGCGCCGCUUCAACAUCCACGAUGACCUCAAGGCCCUCCACGACGGCCACGGCUGGGGCAUUGACGCCAGCGGCUGGGCCGACAACUGCGCCGACGCCACCUGCCCCAGCGGCCAGCUGUGCAUUCAGGACUUCUAUGAGGUCCUUCUCACCCAGAACAUCGACCAGAAGAUCCAGUACGUCCGCGACCAGUGUCAGCGCGCAAGUGGCACGUGUUACCCGUUCGGUGUGUUGGACGAUGCCUCCGCCACGCGCGAGCAUCCGUUCUUUAUCAACUUCCUGAGCGCCAGUAAUUUCUGGAAGGUCGGCACGUGGCCCGAGAAGAUCGCCGCGAAAGUGAACCCCGCGACGGUGGAUUAUUUGUGCAGGAAACAUGGGCCGGAGGAGGGGGACUGGUCCACGGGAAUCCUGGUCACGGAUUGGGUGGGCUUGGAUGGAGACUGGGAUCUGGUGCGCUGUAUUGUGGGGAUGAAUGCUCGAGUCAGGGAGAGGCGGUUGGCGCAGGUGGACGAUUGGUAGAUGGAGGAUUGCGGUAAGACAGUUACGGAGCGGUACAACAUCCAAGAUAAAAGGGAUACCAAGCGGAGACAUGUAUCCAUUGAAAAUUGCUUUGAAGAUAAGCAAAGCGCAGCUGAGCC